ACGGAUCAAUCUCCCGGGCGCUGGGAGACGAGCUUCGUUCUCCUUUGCCAAUGCGCUCCGCCGCCAUGGACUGCAACUGCCGCAUCAAGCUCCAACAGAUUUGGGACGCCAUGAUUCCAACCAAUCCAGACCUUGUUUCCUUGCACCUCAAAAACUACACCCACAACCCCGCCACCAAGGCCUCGCUCGUAUGCAACUACGACCAUGAAGAUGACCGCUGGUUCUCUGUAAACCCUCGAUCGGUUUCACUCUGCCCCGAUGGCCAACGACCGAUUCAAUUGGACCAAAGCUCGCUUCAGAGGGUCAUCUGCGGCACAGGCCACGGUCUGUUUCUUCUCGGCAAUCGAGGGGCAUUGCAUCCUGGUUACUCUCUAUGGAACCCAGCGACUCGCGAAACCAGGCACCUUCCCGACCCUCCUUUGGCACCUCCUUACUUAACACAUUCCUCUGAUCACUGUGGAGUUGGGAUAGAUUCGGUCGAGAAUGAUAUCAAGCAACUGCUGGAGGGAGUUAGAAGAGAGCUGCCCGUGUUGGGAAGGAAAGAACCUAGUCACUUGUCAUACUUACUUCGAGGGCUUCUUCUACUGGCUCGUUGAGCAGAACGAAUACGUGGUCGCAUUCGAUAUGGGGAGCGAUGUUUUCCACAGAAUCGAAUGCCCUCUUUGUGGUAAUUCGAUUGGUAGCCUAAGCGUAUAUCGCGAUUCGAUUGCUCUGUUUAGGGGGCCGUUGUUCGGUUCAAGUGUCGAUGUGUGGUUGCUGAGUGAGAGUGGCGGGCAGUGGUGUUGGAUCAAGCAAUCCAACCUUGGCCCUGUAUUGGAAAGAUCGUAUGUGAAAAGAUAUUGGAAGAAUGGUCAGUUUAUUUGUCACCAGUUUCGGCCCAAGAAUAAGUUGGUCUUAUGUGAGAUUGGUGCUCAAGAAUGUAAGGUUCUGAUACCUAAUUGCUGGCACCUCAACUACUGCUAUAUUUACAAAGAAAGUUUGGUCUCCAUCAAAUGAGGGAUAAUAGGGUUUUUUUUUUGUCUUUUGAAUUGUGAGAUACUUGGCCUGAAGCACUUUACUGUUUGGUGUGCUCUAGUUGUCUAGUUACACGAGACCAAUUUAUGUAUAGCAAUGCUGUCAACAGAAUUUCUGAGUAAUGCUAUAACCAAAUAUGCCUUUAUCUAAUUAUAAAAAGAAAGUCUUUACCUAUGUUACUUUUGUGAUUUGUUUGAUCUUAUGUUACUUUCUGGGUGCUAACAUGUUCGGUUUCUGGUUUUGCUAAAAAGUUUAGCGAUAACCGAAUCAAUAAAUUCUUAUCAGUUGAAACUUAUUAUUAGUUCAAUUAGUUGUCAGUGUUGUGAAAAUUGUUCACGUAUACUAAUUCUUCCAACGCAAGUAACAAAUAAGAUCAUGUAAU